AUGAAGCUCACCUAUCUCGUAUUCGCAUCCAUCCUCGGCCUGGCCAUGGCCGUGCCCGCCGCGGAAGGCACCGACAACGUGGCGGAACCUGUUGUCGUCGAAGGUAUGCCCGCUGCGGUGACCGUUGUAGCAGUGACCGUGAUUGCCGGGAUAGAGACGACAGGGAUAAUAGGCGAUGUCGAUACUGCCAUCGUCGGCGGGGAGAAGUAG